AGGAGUCGGGAGAAAGCAGUGGAAGUUGAAGUUAUUGUCAGAUGAUUGAGAUCUUUUACAAGAAAAUCCCAUUGAAUAAAUGUCAUUGUAAUUAGUGACAUAACAGAACCACUUAUUAAAGGUUACUCUACAGGAAAAGUUAAAAUUAAACAAUGAGUCAUCUGUGUAUUUACAUCAGAUUAUUGGGAGCCUGCUUGGUCAUCAUUUCUCAUGUUCAAGGGCAGAAUCUAGAUAGUAUGCUCCAUGGAACUGGGGUGAAACCGGACUCCGACCAGAAGAAAUCAGAAAACGGAGUAACCUUAGCACCAGAGGAUACCUUGCCUUUUUUAAAGUGCUACUGCUCAGGACACUGCCCAGACGAUGCUAUUAAUAACACAUGCAUAACUAAUGGACAUUGUUUUGCCAUCAUAGAAGAAGAUGAACAGGGAGAAACCACAUUAGCUUCGGGUUGUAUGAAAUAUGAAGGAUCUGAUUUUCAGUGCAAGGAUUCACCAAAAGCUCAGCUACGAAGGACGAUAGAGUGUUGUCGGACCAAUUUAUGUAAUCAGUAUUUACAGCCCACGUUGCCCCCUGUUGUUAUAGGUCCGAUUUUUGAUGGCAGUGUUCGUUGGCUGGUUGUGCUUAUUUCCAUGGCUAUCUGCAUAAUUGCUAUGAUCAUUUUCUCCAGCUGCUUUUGUUACAAACACUAUUGCAGGAGCAUCUCAAGCAGGCAUUGUUAUGAUCCCACUUUGGGACAGGUUGAAGCAUUUAUUCCUGGUGGCGAAUCAUUGAAAGACCUUAUUGACCAGUCACAAAGUUCUGGUAGCGGAUCUGGACUACCUUUGUUGGUUCAGCGAACUAUUGCCAAGCAGAUCCAGAUGGUUCGACAAGUUGGUAAAGGUCGAUAUGGAGAAGUAUGGAUGGGAAAAUGGCGUGGUGAAAAAGUGGCAGUCAAAGUGUUUUUUACCACCGAAGAAGCUAGCUGGUUUCGAGAAACUGAAAUCUAUCAGACUGUGCUGAUGCGCCAUGAAAAUAUACUUGGUUUUAUAGCAGCGGACAUUAAAGGCACAGGCUCCUGGACACAGCUCUAUCUGAUCACUGACUACCAUGAAAAUGGCUCUCUCUAUGAUUUUCUGAAGUGUGCGACCCUAGAUACCAGGGCUCUGCUCAAGUUGGCGUACUCAGCUGCCUGUGGUCUGUGCCAUCUCCACACGGAAAUAUAUGGGACUCAAGGGAAACCUGCAAUAGCUCACCGAGACUUAAAGAGCAAAAACAUCCUCAUCAAGAAAAAUGGAAGCUGCUGUAUUGCUGACUUGGGCCUGGCUGUGAAAUUCAAUAGUGAUACAAAUGAAGUUGACGUGCCCUUGAAUACCAGAGUGGGCACCAAACGCUACAUGGCUCCCGAAGUGCUAGAUGAAAGCCUGAAUAAAAAUCACUUCCAGCCCUAUAUAAUGGCUGAUAUCUACAGCUUUGGCCUGAUCAUCUGGGAAAUGGCUCGGCGUUGUAUCACAGGAGGAAUAGUAGAAGAGUACCAAUUGCCAUAUUAUAACAUGGUACCUAAUGAUCCUUCAUACGAAGAUAUGCGUGAGGUUGUAUGUGUUAAACGUUUGCGGCCAAUUGUAUCUAAUCGAUGGAACAGUGACGAAUGUCUACGAGCAGUUUUGAAACUGAUGUCAGAAUGCUGGGCCCAUAAUCCAGCCUCUAGACUUACAGCUCUGAGAAUCAAGAAGACACUUGCCAAGAUGGUUGAAUCCCAAGAUGUAAAGAUUUGACACUUACAUAAUCAGGAGGAGACAUUCUAGACUCAAAACUGUUUUCACCCAUGGAACAGGGUGGAAUUAGAGUAGAAUAAGGAAGUUAAUUUGGUUCUCAGACUCUAUCCUCACUACAACUUCACAGGCUGCUAAUAUUAAACCUUUCAGUACUCUGUAGAAUACAAGCUGGGAACUUCUAAACACUUCAUUCUUUACAUUUGGACAGCUUUAUUUUAAAUAUGGUUUUUGAUGCCUUUUUUUAUUGGGUUUUUAUGAACUGCAUCAAUACUUCAAUCCCGAUUAAGUCUCCAGUCAAACUCUGGGUACUGAAUUAACCUGUUCAUAAAAUGGUGCUUUCUGUGAAAGCCUUAAGAAGAUAAAUGAAUUCAGCAGAGAUGGAGAAAUAUACAGUUUGCCUUCUACCAAGAAAAUUCAAUCUGUUUGUAUUCUACCUUUGUAAACAGCCUAUGGAUUAUGAUCUGUUUGGGAUACUGCUUAGUUUGUGAUAGUUUUGUCAUGCCUUGAUAGCAGUGUGUGUGUGUGUGUGCGUGUGCGUGUGUGUGUGUGUGUGUACAUGUGUACGUGUGUGCAUGCACACAUGUACACCAAAACUCCUCUGCUGCCAUUUGAAUUAGAAAAUAAUUUAUGAAUGCAGGAAGACAUUGGUAAUGGUUGUCGGUUUUGUGCUUUAAAAAUGCAUUAUCUGACUGUGUUUCGCCAAUUAUAUAAAAGCCAUUUCAAGUGAGCUAGCUUUUCCAACAACUUUAAUUUUUAACAUAAAAGUUGAUAUAAGGCCAAAAGAAGUUUAAAGUGUAUAAAUUUGGACUGUUUUCCUCCCACAAAUAUCCUUUUUUUAUUUGGCAGGGUAUGGGUAUGGGGGAAUAAUUAUUAUUUUUAUCAUUAGAAGAUUCCUAUCCAAAGUUGGAACUUCCAAUGCCUUGAAUCCUCUAAAGAAAAGCACUUCUUAUUGGAGUGCAUUACUCAUUACUGCAUUUGAUAGCAAUAUAAGUGCCUAUAAUCAUGUUCUUUAUUUUCAGUAACAUUUAAAAGGGAAAUUAUUUAUAUUUUGUGUAUAAUAUGUUUUCUUUACAAACACCUCCUCUUACAAACGUAUUUUAUGUAUGUACAUACAUUCUGACUGUAGAAACCAACUCACCUCUAUCUCACCUUCAUCUUUUAGGGUUCUUGUAAAUUAAGACCAUCAAAAAAUUAUAAAAUUAGAGCUACAUAUUAAUACAUUCAAAUGUAGUAUAUCAAAUCUAGAAUUUUAUUGAUUUCAGACAAAGACUUUCAUUAAAAUUAUCUGUUUUCUUUUAUGAAAGGGUCCUCUAAUUAUAAAUUUAUAUUUCAGAGCAGAUAUAAAAUUAUCCAUUUGCUGUAAGAUUUGAGGUUUCUUUCCAAUUUUAGUAAUGUGCUCUCCAAAGCAGACUUCCAAGAUUUGGGAUUUUUAUUUCAAUUUGCAACUUGUAAAGACAAAAAAGUUCAGUAUCUAAUAAUUUUAUCUAUUCUGUAUAGUUAUUACUCAAUAAAAUACUGCAUAUUUUA